UCGCGCUCUCCGCUCUGCACCGAUCCAACAACCGUCCGCCGACCACCGUCCGCUCUGCGGGCCGGACCGAGCCGGACCCAGCAGGACCACAACAUGUCCCUGCAGCUCCCCCCGUGCGUGAUAGACUGCGGGACCGGGUACACAAAGAUCGGCUAUGCUGGAAACACAGAGCCGCAGUUCAUCAUGCCGUCCUGUAUUGCGAUCAAGGAGUCGGCCAGCGUGGGAGAACAGGCUCAGAGGAGGCUCGUACGAGGAGUGGAUGAUCUGGACUUCUACAUCGGAGACGAAGCCAUAGACAAACCCAACUAUGCAACCAAGUGGCCCAUCCGUCACGGGAUGGUGGAGGACUGGGACCUGAUGGAGAAGUUCAUGGAGCAGAUCAUCUUCAAAUACCUUCGAGCUGAGCCUGAAGACCACAGCUUCCUCAUGACAGAGCCUCCUCUCAACACUCCAGAGAACAGAGAGUACCUGGCAGAGAUCAUGUUCGAGACCUUCAACAUACCUGGACUCUACAUCGCAGUGCAGGCCGUGUUGGCGUUGGCAGCGUCCUGGACAUCUCGCCAGGUUGGACAAAGAACUCUGACAGGCAUCGUCAUCGACAGCGGAGAUGGAGUCACACACGCCAUCCCUGUGGCUGAGGGCUACGUGAUUGGCAGUUGUAUAAAGCACAUCCCCAUUGCGGGGCGGGACAUCACCUUCUUCAUCCAACAGCUGCUCAGAGACAGAGAAGUGGGGAUUCCUCCAGAGCAGUCGCUGGAGACCGCCAAGGCUGUCAAGGAGCGCUACUGUUACAUCUGUCCAGACAUUGUGAAGGAGUUCACUAAGUACGACUCGGACCCGGGGAAAUGGAUCAAGCAGUACCGCGGAGUCAACGCCGUCAGUAAGAACGCCUUCCACAUCGACGUGGGCUACGAGCGGUUCCUGGGCCCGGAGAUUUUCUUCCACCCCGAGUUCGCUAACCCAGACUUCAUGCAGCCAAUCUCUGACGUCGUUGACGAGGUCAUUCAGAGCUGUCCAAUCGAUGUGAGGAGGCCUCUCUACAAGAACAUUGUGCUCUCUGGAGGAUCCACGAUGUUCAGAGACUUUGGCCGAAGACUGCAGAGAGACCUGAAGAGAGUCGUGGACGCUCGACUGAAACUGAGUGAAGAACUCAGUGGAGGACGGAUAAAGCCGAAGCCGAUGGAGGUUCAGGUCGUCACUCAUCACAUGCAGCGCUACGCCGUCUGGUUUGGAGGCUCCAUGUUGGCGUCCACGCCCGAGUUUCUCCAGGUGUGUCACUCGAAGAAGGACUACGAUGAGAUCGGCCCCAGUAUCUGUCGACACAACCCCGUCUUCGGCAUCAUGUCCUGAUGGCAGUGGCAGCUACAGACAGCUAGCCUGUUAGCUUACGACAUUUUUAUCCUGUUGGCCUUUCGGCCUGCUGUCCACUAGGUAGCUAGCCAGCUAGCUCAUUAGCCUGUGGGCUUUGCUAUCUGCUAGCCCCCAGCCACUUAGCCAACAGCCUGUUAAUCUCUUGCCCCGUUCAGUUUUUAGCCCGCUAGGCUACUAGACUGUUAGCAUGCUAGCUCAGUCUCAUCAGGCGCAUGGAGGUCUGGAGAAACUGAAGCACAAAAGUUAGACUGAAAUCAGUGAAACUAAAGUUUGCUGUCAUUUUCUUUUAAACUUCGACCGCAGAGAACGUUUUCUCAUCCAAAAAGCAACCAGAAACACUUUUUCCAUCUGAAAUGUGAAGGCUUUCUCCAGACCUCGAGAUGGGGUGUAGCUACCUGACAGUCUGCUAGCUGCUAGCCUGUUAGCCGUCCUCAAAAACGUAGCACUGCUGAGUGUUUGUGUUGAAGUUUAGCUGUUGACCCGACCGAAGAUCUUCUUUCUGAGCCGUUUUAGAGAAAUGUUCACAGCCCAGAUACAAGCUGAGGUUCUGAAUUAAAGCAUCUGAAACCAGAUUACUUUGCUGCAGUUUAGAUCAUCUUCACCAUCAUCCAGAGUCCAAUCAAUAUCCAGUUCCAGCGAAGCCGUGAAGAGACUGUGGCCGCUGCAGAUCAGGGGUCUGGACAUGGCGGGCGUGCUGGUGUGCUGCAUACGAGCCUCUGGAUGAACGAUGAAGACUGAAAGUUGUGUUUUACGAAUCAAAGCCAAGGACACAAUCCCGUUUCUUCCUUCUGUGUUUGGGUUCCGCUGUGAAGUCGUCAGUGAUCAUCUCUCUCCUCUUUGUUCCACCUCACGUGUUUCCUACAUCGCGUCGCUCACUUCAUCUUCAUCAUGCGUCUGAAUAAAUGGAUAGACCUGACCUCAGUCAGCGUGCUAGCGUGUUAGCAUGUCAACCGUCACCAUGACUGAAUGAGUCUUUUCUGAAGAUUGUGUCUCCAGCUGAGACUUCAUACAGUUACAAGCUGAUUUAAUCUCAUGAAAACUAAACCACGACUCGUUGCCGUGGAGUUAAUGUUACUGACACCGCAGGCUGAGUGUCAGUGAUGUCUGUGGUCUCUAAACUACAGCAGGGACAUGGACUCUGUUCAGCUGUCCUCACCAGGUCAUCUGUGCAGGCAGCUGAUUAUGACCCAUAUUUGCAUCAUUGUGAGGUGCGACCUCUAGUGGUCAUAGUAAUUAUGAGCGGAGCGAAGGAGGAGGUCAGGUGACGUAGUACAAAGAGACAGGAAGUCCACAUAUGGAGGAGGGUGGGAUGGAUGGAUGGAUCAAACCAACACGGACCGCUGUUCAUAAGUCAGCGUUGACUUAUUUUAACUUUUUUCAAACUAUGAGCUUUUCCUAAACCUAAUUAAGUAGUUUUGUUGCCUAAACCUGAACAAACUGCCCUUUUCACAAUGUUAAUGACGUGACACGGAGGGUCUGGCAUGGUCCCGUACGACGAAGGUCCGAAGCUCGUUGUGGGAGUCGUUGCUUAUGGAAACGUUCAGUCGUUUAGGUAUGAGGACGUGUUGGUCUGUUAGUAAAUGUGCCUUACAGCUUAACUCACCCGCGAUAAAGUCAGAGAAGCCGAUCUUCUCGUCUCAGUGAUUCCACCAACAGGAUGAACUGAUCCCUGUCUCGUGUUCUCCGUGUUAAGUUAUCUUAAGAGCUGCUGGUCCGACUGCUGGGAAACUACACUGAAGAUGCUCUGGGAUGCGAUGAACACCGUGGCCUCUAGAGGGCGCUAGCAGGGCUGCAGACUUGCUGCAGUAUAUCAGAGGUCUUCAAACAUUAAUGAAGCUACUUUAGAAGCUUUAGCAGUCGAUCGCAGCCGUUUGCAUCUCAGUCAUGAUUCAGUCAAAUCUGGACUCGGACAUGAAACACAUUUUCAGAUCAACUGAAUCCGACAUCUCUGAUGUCCGUCGAAAUAAACUAUAUGAAUCUUUAUGUUUUGAAGUUUUCUUCAGUAUCACAGUAUCGUUUACUGAUAGCUACAUUUAUGUUCAUUUAUGUAGCAGGAGCUGCUAACAGGAGCUGCUAGCAGGAGCUGCUAACAGCUCAUUUAGCAGACUGUUAAUGGAGACACGUUGUUGUAGUUGCAGCUUUUUCAUUCAAAGCAUUAUUGAUUGUAUUUUUGCAGCCAUGACUGUGGCUCAGCAUGCUUCAGGUGGAGACAUUGAGGCACCUUCAGGUUUGACCUGUUAGCACGAGUCCAAUAAGAGGCCGCAGAACAUCACGAGUUCAAGAUGAAGAACACAAACUUCAGAAAGACUCAAAAAACACACAAACUUUUAACUUCCUGUCAAACCGUUGGAGGGAAAGUAAAUGUUUUUUCCAGCUUUUUGAAGUUCAGGUCCACAGUGAGAGCUGCAGGUAGUUUCAUGUCGUGUUUGUCUUUGCGUUGUUUCUGCAGCUCAGAGUCACAUCAGUCUGCUCAUAAAGACUCACUGAGCUGCAGAAAUAAAGCUGUUCUUCACUUUGUGUUAAACAUUUCAAAUAUAAGUCACUCAUUCAUUCAUUCAUUCAUUCCAGAAGUGACUGAUGUGACCCUGAAGCUCACACUGUGUGUGUGUGUGUGUGUGAGAUGUUUCAGUGUUUUACAGCCUGUAUCAUAAACUGCUGCACUCAGAGCGUUUAUAUUUGUAAAGACACAGAGGAGAACUAACAGAUCACAUAUAUUAAUAUAAACUGUAUAUACUGUACGCUGAGCGCACUGAGGCAUCAAACUGAUCCGGGAACAGGUCAAAACCACAAGUAACACUGUCACACUGGACUGUGGUGCAUUCAGGUACAAUCUUAUCUUUCAUUGCAAGAUUUUCAGCUGGCAGGAAGUAAACUUGGACGCAAGAUGUUCCCAUGGCAACGUAGUCAGCUGAAAAGCCAGUCGGAUCAUUUAAAGCUGAUGCUGCGUGUCGGAUCGGGCCGAUAACAGAGCACUGUUGUUUUCUGAGCGCCAUCGCAGCAGCAGCAGCUCACAGGAAGCUGAAACAGCGUGAAACACCUCCAUCAGGUGCUCCGUUCACACCUGAGCGUUCACUCUGCAUCAUAUCUGCAGGCACAUUAGCUCCUAGUGGGCCUGCAGGUGCUGCUUUGUUCGUGAUAAGCACUGAUGAAAUGUCGAUUAUCACACCUGAACAGCUGACUGCGUUCACAGGUGAACUUGUGGUUUGGACCUGAGUCUCUGCGAACAGCCGAGUGUGUAAAAGACAUAAUAGAUGUUUAGUUUUGAAGUGAAGUCGUAUUUUUGUGGUGGAGCUGAGUGAGACUCAGUGAAUAUUAAUGAGCUGUGGUUUGAUACUGAGCUGCUGUCAGUAA